AUCAAACCUCAUCAUUAGCAUCUUCUUCUACUUCCAUACAAACCCGAGCAGAAGAAAUGCUUUUUUUCGCCUCAAAUCCCUUCAAUUUCAUUAUAUUCCUAUUAUCUAACCUACUACUAUUCCAUACCAAAAUCCAUGCAGAUCAUCUUACAGAGAAUUGUCCAGAUGCUGCUAAUUACACUACAAAUAGCCCGUUCGAGACCAACCUCAAAACACUCUUUCCAUCUCUCUCCAAAAGUGCUCUAUCCACAGGUUUCAGCAAUGACUCUUUAGGGGAUGAUCCUGACCGUGUGUAUGGCCUCGUUCUCUGCCGAGGCGAUGUGGAUGGUUCAACAUGUGAAUCUUGCUUGGACCCAGCUAUCCAAGAAAUCCAAGAAGUGUGCUCCAACAAGAAAAGUGGGAUCAUAUGGUUCCAAGAUUGUAUGAUACGUUACUCAAACCAAGAUUUCUUUGGGACCAUUGAUGUAAGGAGUAGGACCCUCCUGUGGAAUGUCAAUAACAGAUCUGAGGCUGACAAUCCCAGGAUCGACGGUCGAGUUUUGGUUGAUAGAUUGGCGAGUGAGGCUUCAUCAAGCCCGUUGAUGUUUGCGACAGGGAACAAGACGUAUGAGAAUGGAGAGACGAGAUAUGGUAUGGUGCAAUGCACCAGAGAUCUUAGUCCGGGUAAUUGUAUUAGUUGCUUAGCUGAAUUGUCGAAGGGUUUGGAAGAUUGUUGUGGUGGGAAAAGACAGUGGCGUAUCCUAGCAGGGAGUUGCAAUAUCAGAUAUGAUGCGUACAAUUUCAUCGAGACUGCCAAGCCUACGAGCCAAGAAGCAGGGGACAACACCAAAUCAGUGAAGGUUAUAAUAAUUGCUGUUGUAUCAACACUCCUAGGAGUGCUUAUCUUGGUAGCAUGCUUCUUCUUCUAUCAAAGCAGGAGGAAGAGAGCACAGAGAGCAAAGAAGAAAGAAAGACAUCAAAAAGCCAUGACAGAGAUUAUGGGGGCUCAAACUAUGCAAGAAGAGGAGGUGAAAGCUCAAGAACUGCCUCUGAUCGAUUUAGAUACAAUAGAAGAAGCGACAAAUUACUUCAGUGAUGAAAAUAAACUGGGAGAAGGUGGAUUUGGCCCAGUUUAUAAGGGUAUGCUGCCUGAUGGUAAACAAAUAGCAGUGAAAAGGCUUUCAAGGAGUUCUGUGCAAGGCUUAGAGGAAUUUAAGAAUGAAAUAUUAUUAAUUGCGAAACUCCAACACAGAAAUCUUGUGAGGCUCUUGUAUUGCUGCAUAGAGAAAGCAGAGAAGAUGCUCGUCUAUGAAUUCAUGCCAAACACUAGCCUUGAUGUCUUCCUCUUUGAUCUAGAUAAGCGUGCAAAAUUAAACUGGACAAGGCGCUUUAACAUCGUUCUUGGAAUUGCCCGUGGCCUUCUCUAUCUUCACGAGGACUCACGACUUCGAAUAAUUCACCGGGAUCUCAAAGCUAGCAAUGUUCUGUUGGACAAUGAAAUGAACCCAAAAAUAUCAGACUUUGGAUUGGCAAGGAUUUAUGGAGGAAGUGAGAGUGGAAUUAACACUAAUAGAAUUGUUGGAACAUAUGGAUACAUGGCUCCUGAGUAUGCAUUGGAAGGGAUAUUCUCUGUGAAGUCUGAUGUGUUCAGCUUUGGAGUUCUACUGCUAGAGAUUAUCAGUGGUCAAAAGAACCAUCGAUUCUACAUCUCACAACAUUCUCAAAGCCUACUUGCAUACGCUUGGCGAUUAUGGAAAGAAGGCAAAGGCAUUGAGUUGAUUGAUCCACAUAUAGUCAAUUCAUGCCCCACAAACGAAGCGCUGAGAUGGAUCCACAUUGGGUUGAUAUGUGUUCAAGAAGAUCCAAUAGAUAGGCCCACCAUGUCGACGGUUGUUCUUAUGCUGGGAAGCGAAUCUGUAACGCUACCCAAACCUACACAGCCUACAUUCUCUGUGCGGAGGGAGGCCAUCAUCGCCAAAGAGACAUCUUCCGCAAGUUCCAUCAGCAAUCCAACGGUGUCAGAUAUUGGGCCUCGGUGAAUAAACGGAUGCACGGGCUUCAGUAACUAUGUGUUAUACACAAUACAUGAUAUGGCUUCAUAUAUGUUUUACAUGAA